AAUGGCCGUGCACUUUUCUGUGACCACUUGACACACCUGACCUGCACGACGAACUAACAUUUAAAACACAGCCUACACACUUCUGUGGCUCAACAUGCAUAUAUAACUCAAUGUGGCUGAUUUACACGGUUUUGUGACUGUGGGCCCUGCUCAAACAAUAUUGGUUACUGGGGCAAAAAUAACAUUUGACCUUCAGAGCAUCUUUUGAGUAAGCAUGCCAUUUUUGUUUGAGUGUAUUGCUUAGUACCCUAUACAUUAAUCCAAAUGUCUAUUCUUGUGAGAAAAACAUUGUUUUUGACAUUCUGGAGACUGUUACCGGGUGUUAUUGAAUAUGCAACACAUUGUUUGACUGACUGCAGACUUGUUUAAGACUCAAUGUAUUGACUUGACCUUUUGAGACUUACUGAACUCAUGACCAGGCCACGUCUCUCACCUCUGAAUGACUUUCUAUAUUCAUUGCUUAAACCUGAGGCUAGACGAGAAGAAGGACACUGGGUAAGGAUAGAUGUGUAAGAUGUUUAGCAGUUCACGCAAUCAGCAGCUUCAUUAUGAGUUUGUUCAUGUUAGAAUUUAUAGGGAAUUUGCUUUGGACAAUUGGUAGCAGGAUGAUUGAAAUGAAAUAUGUUGGGUAGUCUACGUAAAAAAAAAAAAAAUGAUGCUUACAUAAUGAAAGUGGGUCCCACACAAUUGUAAUAAAGUACAUUUUGUAAUGUCAUUCACAUUGCAGCCUACUGAGGGUUCUCAAUUAUCAAAAGAGGGCGCACCACUUGCAUCCUACAUUGUAACCCAGCCAUGAAGUGGUUAUGGAGGGCCAAGAACAAUACAGAAAAGGGAGCUUAAAACCUUUUCUCAAUAGGGGGUGCUGUUUGCACUUUGUAAUAAUUUCGUUCCCAAAUUAAACUGCCUCGUACUCAAUUCUUGCUCGUACAAUAUGCAUAUUAUUAUUACUAUUGGAUAGAAAACACUCUCUAGUUUCUAAAACCGUUUGAAUUAUAUCUGUGAGUAAAACAGAACUUGCGUUAGAGCAAUUUUCCUAUGAGGAUGUGAGAAUGCUGAAUUCUGCAAGCUGUUCUGAGGUCGGUUUAUUAAUUUGCCUGUCUUCUAUUGGUUGAGAUGCACUGCAUACGCCUUCCCCUGGAUGUCAGCGAAUAGUGAGAAUUGAAAUGGAGUCGCUAGGCAGAUCUGAGGCCUAUAAAUAGGCUGGCAACGUGGUGUACCCUCUUUCUCCUCUUCGCCAUGACGCAAAAAGGACCUCUGGAAGUCGUAUUAGAAAGCUCCCGUUAUAGCCCUUAGAUAUAUCCGGCUCUGUUUUUAUUCGAUAUAGGUGUUAAAGACAUCAAUGUUAUUUUAAACCGAGUUAUAUCAGUUUGUAUCAGUAUAUUGCGAUUUUCGGAUAUUUAUUAGUGCUGCGUUAUAGUGAGUUGGACACGUCUUUGCCACAUGGCUAAUGUUUACUGCUAAUUCCAACGUUGAAGACUACAUUCUACAACCGAGCAACGAUUCUUUUGGACAAAGGACAACUUGCCCAAGAUUCUGAUGGGAGUUCAUCAAAAAGUAAGAACUAUUUAUGAUGUUAAUUCGUUGUUCUGUUGAAAAAUGUAAAACGCAUAUUCCGCCAUUAAUUUCGGUGCGGUCUCGCUUUAACGCACGCUGUAUGUCGUAGUAACGUUAAUUUUAAAAAUCUAACACAGCGAUUGCAUUAAGAACUAAUGUAUCUUUCAUUUGCUGUCCAACCUGUAUUUUUUAGUCAAGUUUAUGAUUAGUUACUGAUUAGAAUAGGUGCCUCUCCCAAGAUUUCUCCCGACAUAUUGUUGGCAGCUUGGCUACUAUUCUCAUUGUAUAACCACGAUUUGUGCCGCUAAAUAUGCACAUUUUCGAACAAACUCUAUAUGUAUUGUGUAAUAUGAUGUUAUAGGACUGUCAUCUGAAGAAGUUUGAGAAGGUUAGUGAAAAAAUUUAUAUCUUUUGCUGGUUUAUACGUUAUCGCUAUUGUUGGCAUGAAUCAAUGUUGUUGUGUGGUUGGCUAUUGUAGUAAGCUAAUAUAAUGCUAUAUUGUGUUUUCGCUGUAAAACACUUAAAAAAUCUGAAAUAUUGGCUGGAUUCACAAGAUCUUUGUCUUUCAUUUGCUGUACGCUGUGUAUUUUUCAUAAAUGUUUUAUGAUGAGUAUUUAGGUAAUUCACGUUGCUCUCUGUAGUUAUUCUAGUUGCUUUGGUGAGAGUUGUGAUGGUGGCUGCAAUGGUAAACUAUGAUUUAUACCUGAAAUAUGUAAAUUUUUCUAACAAAACAUAUGCUAUACAAUAAAUAUGUUAUCAGACUGUCAUCUGAUGAAGUUGUUUCUUGGUUAGUGGCUAUUUAUAUCUUUAUUUGGUCGAAAUUGUGAUAGCUACCUAUGCAGGAAAAAAAUGGUGGAGUAAAAAAAGUUGUCUUUUGCUAUCGUGGUUAGCUAAUAGAUUUACAUAUUGUGUCUUCCCUGUAAAACAUUUUAAAAAUCAGAAAUGAUGGCUGGAUUCACAAGAAGUGUAUCUUUCAUCUGGUGUCAUGGACUUGUGAUUUAAUGAUAUUUAGAUGCUAGUAUUUACUUGUGACGCUAGGCUAUGCUAGUCAGCUUUUUUACUGAUGGGGGUGCUCCCGGAUCCGGGAUUGGGAUGAAGUAGAAGUUAAGUUUUUGUAAUACCUAAUUGAAAAUGUAAUGUUAUUUAUCUACUCACAAAUUGUCCCAUUGAUGCACAGCAUGAUGGGAUACAUUUUGCCUAGUUUAAUAUAGCCCUCUAAAGCUCUUCGGGUUGAGGAGAUUAUCGAGAGAUUCUCGAGCAGUAUUGUGUUUCGAAAUGCAUUCGCAAAUUUACAGCCUAUAUUAUCACGUCUCGAACGCUACCUCCGGAGGCCGCGGGCGAGCCUUCCUCGAGAGUCAUCCCCUUCUGGGCAUUGCAUUGUGAUGAUAACAGGCUGACUACACCGCUCGCAUUGCCUGCGCUCGCAUUGCAAAACACGUUUUGAAAUCUGUAUUACUCAAUUAUUGCACCCACAUUGCUCGCACGCGCCAACGAGCGUCUGCGUUGCCAAGGGCUAAAAUAAAAGUCAGUUCUAUUUCGGACGCAGAUCGCGCUGCAAGUCCUGCCUCUCCCAUCUCAUUGGUUUAUAGAAGCAGGUACCCACGUGCCAUCUCCUCAUUGGUUAUACCCACGUGGGUGACUGAAAGACGAAAUAGGUCGGUGGUGGUAAUGCACGUAAUUUAUGAAAGUUGCCAAUCGCAAUAUAAAGUCAAGAGAAGAAAAGGCCUGGAAGGAGGAGAGAUGACUAGAAACGAUUCGGUUGACCGUUUUAUGUGUGAAUUAAUUGGUGGAGUAGAGGACCGUGUGCAUUUCAGGUAAAAUAACAACUCAAUGUUUAUAUCCCAGGACAAAUUAGCUAGCAACAGCAGGCUAGCUAAAUAGGACAAAUUAGCUAGCAAGUGCAAGCUAGCUCCAUUUCCAUAAAUGUUUAAUGCUUUUUGACCUGUCCGCAAAUUAAUAUAAUUGGUUCAGAGUUUGUAUUGAUAUUUUAACCUGCGUAUCGUGAACGCGUUUGGUGUGUGGGGACAAAAUACAUUUAUUUAUGAUGGUGCACGUGUGCAGCCGGUUUGGGUUCCGUGUAAGUGUAUCAGCCAACGUGUAUUGUAGUCACGUAAGAGGUCUAGGUUCAGAGGUCAAGGGAUGCUUCUGGCACCAUUUAUAUAAACAGAAGUUCGCCAGAGAGAAAUCCCCAUACUUUGCAUUCGGCUUGCUGUUUGUACAGAUCAUGCUUGCCGUUUGUACAUUUUAUGUUUGUACAUAUACGUUUGUACAUGGCAAACGAGAGUUCACGGACCUGGUCCAUUGCAGAAACAAAGCUUCUGAUAUCCAUUUGGUCGCAAAAUCCGAUUCUAGCGAGGUUGGAAGCGUGUUACAGAAAAAGAGAUCUAUAUUGAGAAUGUCCAUGGCCACCAUUGUUCGCGGAAGUAGUGCCAGACAAAAAUCGAAGAUGUACAUAACACAAGACGAAAGACAAUAAUGGACUGAGUGGUAGUGGCCGGGAGACCUGUCCGUUCUACAGGGAACUGGACGAAUUCCUUGGCACACGACCUGCCUCCAUGCCUCGCCAUAUUAUUGAGUCCAGGGUGACUGAAGCAGAAGAGCAAGAAUAUGGCAAGUACUUUUUUUCGGCUUUGUGUUCUUGUAGCUAACAAAAGAAGUCUGGACACUGUCCUAAUGUAUUAGCCGGCCAGCUACCUAUAAGUUAUAUGAAUCUAAAUGAUCACUACUUCACGUUAUUUUCUGCUAGCUGCCUGCCAUUACACCGUCAAAUCAUUACACAUAUGUACAUGUCUGAUGGUGUAUGUCCUGGCUUGGGCCUGUAUUUUGGACUAUGUCUCAUGACCUAGAUUAGAACCUUUUUUAAGCCUUUUCCAGAAAUGACAAUUUAACCAAACAUUAAAGCAAUUGUUUGAGGAGGGUGCGGGAGUAUCGGACUUAUAAAGAAAUGGGGAAAUGAAGGUUAAAAUCCUGGUCACGUGACAUGAAUGUUCAAAACAUGACAAUGUGUCAUAGGUGAGCUGCUUACUGCUAUUGACUCGAAAGCACUUUUGAGUUAGCCCUUUACACACAAGUUUUGCAAAUGUUUUUGUUGUCUGGAAAUGCUGUACAUGAAGAUGUUGUGAUGUAUUUUGAAAGAUGAGACGUUGUGGAUUAUAAUACAUACUGUUUUGAUGUCAAACAACUGAGUCCAAAUGUGCACUUCUCAUCUCCAAAUCAUGAAACUCAUGUCAUAUACAGUGUUAGUGUUUGAUCACCAUGUUAGAUGUACAGUUACAAGAUGGCAUGUCGUCAUAGGCUCAUUAUGUCCAGAGCAACCCGGCGUAUGUUUUCUUAUUGUGGGAAACAAUUGAUGCUGCAAAUGCACCUGAAUGCACUCGUGACUCCAUUGCACUUCACAAUUGUGUUCCGUUUCUCUGAAUUGCCUUGUGAAGGCCUAACGCUCUAAGAUCAUCUUUUAUAUCUUAGCUAGUCAUGUUGCCAAUUAGAACGAGCUUUCAAAUCAUGCCCUCCUGACACAGAUUGUGAUUUUACAAUAGACCAUUUUUGGUUUGCAUAAUCAACAGUAAAUGUGUGAUGGCGGGGAUGCAGGGUUGUGUUCCAAACAAAACAUCGACACGUGUGCUUGCUCUAGAUCCUCAAUGGCACAGCUAGGAGAGGUCUAAAAAGUACCUUGAAGUUGAAGAUUCUUCUUUGAGUCAUAAAAGUGCAUUGAAAUUGCUUAGAAACAAUGCACACUGGAGAGAUGGAGACACCAAUUAGUUCUCUCACUCAAACCCUUGUACAUUUGUUGUCUUAUGUUGCGCACACACACACCAGGUUACUGAAGGUAUCCAGAAUAUUUUCAGAUUUUGUUAUCAACAAAUGCGGCGAAAAGUACAGUAAAUGUAUGUAAAAUCAAGUGUAAUGUUAGGAUUCAGUAUUGUCAGGAGAGCUGUUGUGUACUCACCGUUGGUCUAAUAACUGUCCCAUCUACAAACUGUUCCUUUUCAAUUGCUACCAUGGUUAUGCAUUUCAUUUGUAUUUAUUAUGGAUCCCCAUUCUCUUCCUGGGAAAAUUAAGGCAGUUUAAAAUGUUAUAAACAUUACAAUACGUUCACAGAUUUCACAACACUGUGCCCCCUCAGACCCUACUCCACCACUACCACACAUUUACAGUACAAAAUCAUGUGUACAAGUGUGUGUAUAGUGCGAAUGUUAUCGUGUGUAUGCAUGUGUCUGUGCCGCUUCACAGUCCCCGCUGUUCCAUAAGGUGUAGAGUUCCAUGUAGUUAUGGCAAUAUGUAGGACUAUGCACCUCCCAUAGUCUGUUCUGGACUAGGGGACCGUGAAGAGACCUCUUGUGGCAUGUCUUGUGGGGUAGGCAUGGGUGUCUGAGCUGUGCGCCAGUAGUUCAAACAAACUGCUCGGUGCAUUCAACAUGUUAAUACCUCUCAUAAAUACAAGUAGUGAUGAAGUCAAUCUCUCCUCUGCUUUGAGCCAGGAGAGAUUGACAUGCAUAUUAUUAAUAUUAGCUCUCUGUGUACAUCCGAGUCCAUUUUUGUGGCACCUGACCACACGACUGAACAGUAGUCCAGGUGCGAGGGCCUGUAGGACCUUCCUUGUUGGGCCUGUAGGACCUUCCUUGUUGAUAGUCCUGUUUAGAAGGUAGAGGAAGCACUUUAUUAUGGACAUACUUCUCCCCAUCUCAGAUAUUAAGAUGUCGCCGGAAGAAAUGGCAGCCGUUUUACAGGCGCCUAACCAAUUGUGCUAUUGUUUUAGUUUUUUUCGUGUUUGUAAUUUAUUUGGUACAUAAUGUUUCUGCCACCGUAUCUUACUGCAAAAAAUAGUUUCUGGAUAUCAGGACAGCGAUCACUCACCUCGGAUUAGACAAAGAUUUUUUCUUCAACAAGCAGGAUGUACUUCAGACACCCGACAAGGCCCCUGAAAGAGACGCAGGUAUAGAGGAGACAAGUGCCUUGUAAGGAUCCGCCAACGGAAUGUUAUCCAUGACUGAAAGACGACAUGGAUAACAUUCAGCUGGCGGGAUAUACGCUGCACCGGCUAGAUAGACAUGCACUGGUAAGACAUGUCUGUGUAUAUUUGUAAACAACAGCUGGUGCACGAAAUCUAAGGAAGUCUCUAGAUUUUGCUCGCCUGAGGUAGCGUAUCUCAUGAUAAGCUGUAGACCACACUAUUUGCCAAGAGUCUUCAACUAUAUUUUUCGUAGCUGUUUAUUUACCACAACAAACCGAUGCUGGCACUUAGACCGCACUCAACGAGCUGUAAAAGGAAAUAAGUAAACAGGAAACCGCUCAUCCAGAGGCGGCGCUACUAGUGGCCGGGGACUUUAAUGCAGGGAAACUGAAAUCAAUUUUACCUAAUUUCUAUCAGCAUGUUAAAUGCGCAAUCAGAGGGGGGGGAAUUCUAGAUGACCUUUACUCCACACACAGAUGUGUACAAAGCUCUCCCUCACCCUCCAUUUGGCAAAUCUGACCAUAAUUCUAUCCUCCUGAUUCCUGCUUACCAGCUAAAAUUAAAGCAGGAAGCACCAGUGACUCUUUUAAAAAGUGGUCAGAUGAAGCAGAUGCUAAACUACAGGACUGUUUUGCUAGCACAGACUGGAAUAUGUUCCGGAGUUCUUCCGAUGGCAUUGAGGAGUACACCACAUCAGUCACUGGCGUUAUCAAUAAGUGCAAUGAGGAGGUCGUCCCCAUAGUGACUGUACAUACAAACCACAAUCCAUGGAUUACAGGCCACAUUCGCACUGAGCUAAAGGGUAGAGCUGCAGCUUUCAAGGUGCGGGACUCUAAGAAGAAAUCCUGCUAUGCCCUCUGACGAACCAUCAAACAGGCAAAGCUCCAAUACAGGACUAAGAUUGAAUCGUACUACACCGGCUCCGACGCUUGUCGAAUGUGGCAGGGCUUGCAAACUAUUACAGACUACAAAGGGAAGCACAGCCGAGAGCUGCCCAGUGAUACAAGCCUACCAGACGAGCUAAAUAACUUCUAUGCUCUCUUCGAGACAAGCAGCACUAAAGCAUGCAUGAGAGCAUCAGCUGUUCCGGAGGACUGUGAUCAUGCUCUCCGUAGCCCUAAACCUUUUUAAACAGGUUAACAUUCACAAGGCCGCUGUGCCAGCUCUGGGCAUGUGCUGACCAACUAGCAAGUGUCUUCACUGACAUUUUCAACAGGUCCCUGAUUGAGUCUGUAAUACCAACCUGUUUCAUGUUAACCUGCCUAAAUGACUACAUACCUGUAGCACUCAUGUCCGUAGCCAUGAAGUGCUUUGAAAGGCUGGUAAUGGCUCACAUUAACACAAUUUUCCCAGAAAACCUAGACCCAGUCCAAUUUGCAUACCGUUCAAACAGAUCCACAGAUGAUGCCAUCUCUAUUGCACUUCAGUGUCCUUUCACACCUAGAAAAAAGGAACACUUACGUGAUAAUGCUUUUCAUUGACUACAGCUCAGCGUUCAACACCAUAGUGACCUCAAAGCUCAUCACUAAGCUAAGGAUCCUGGGACUAAACACCUCCCUUUGCAACUGGAUCCUGGACUUCCUGACGGGACGCCCCCAGAUGGUGAGGGUAGGUAGCAACACAUUUGCCACGCUGAUCCUCAACCUCGGAGCCCCUCAGAGGUGCGUGCUCAGUCCCCUCCUGUACUUGCUGUUCACCCAUGACUGCAUGGCCAGGCACGACUCCAACACCAUCAAGUUUGCCGAUGACACAACAGUGUCAGUAGCCCUGAUCUUCGACAACGAUGAGACAGAGACCUGGCCAGGUGGUGCCAGAAUAACAGCCUAUCUCUCAACGUAAUCAAGACAAAGGAGAUGAUUGUGGACUACAGGAAAGGGGGGACUGAGCAUGCCCUCAUUCUUAUUGACCUGGCUGUGGUGGAGCAGGUUGAGAGCUUCAAGUUCCUUGGUGUCCACAUCACAGACAAACUAGAAUGGUCCAAACACACCAAGACAGUUGUGAAGAGGGCACGACAAAACCUAUUCCCCCUUAGGAGACUGAAAAGAUUUGGCAUGGGUCCUCAGAUCCUCAAAAGGUUCUACAACUGAAACAUCGAGAGCAUCCUGACUUGUUACAUUACUUCCUGGUACGUUAACUGCUCGGCCUCUGACCGCAAGGCACUACAGAGGGUGGUGCGUACGGCCCAGUACAUCACUGGGGCUAAGCUGCCUGCCAUCCAGGACCUCUACACCAGGCGGUGUCAGAGGAAGGCCCUAAAAAUUGUCAAAGACCCCAGCCACUCCAGUCAUAGACUGUUUUCUCUGCUACCGCAUGGCAAGCGGUACCGGAGUGCCAAGUCUAGGACCAAAAGGCUUCUAAACAGCUUUUACCCCCAAGCCAUAAGACUCUUGAACAGGUGAUGGCUACCUGGACUAGAUUAUUUUCUUGUCAAACUGCAGCCAAGCAUCGAUCAUCAUGUCACCAGAAUAAGACCCUCGAUAUUUAUUGGAAAGUAGCAUCAAGCUCAUAUGUUCGGUUUCCAUCAGGCCGGUCAUUUACAUUUGUUAUCCGACAUGUACCGUACUCGCAUAAAAAGGUUUGAUGGAAACCUGGCCACUGAUUACUGUGUUCCCAGGUCCAGGUCAUUGGCAGUGGCAGGUGCAAACAGUAGCCUAGACAGAGAAGAUGGCGUUUUCCCAGUCUUCUCAAAUCACUUUAAAAUAUCCAUCAGUAAGCUCCUGCCUUGGCAAAUGGGUGAUUGGCAUAUGGAAAUGCCUAUGACCUUCUCUGCUCACACUCCCCAUGUGUAACCCCCUCUAACUUGUGGAACCUGGUAGACCCACACAUGUGAUGCAUGGGGGCAAGGUUUAAGAAUAGCUUGUUCCUGGUGCUCACUGUUUUUUUUUUUUUUCAAUGUCACGUGGUGCACAUUCACAGGAGAGUUUUUCAAGACCGUCUCAGUGAGACGUUUCCAUGACCAGAGGCUUAACCUAUAGCUUUCUGCUCAUGUAGCGUAAUAGUAGUCAAAUUUAAAUGUCAGAGCGGUUUUUAUUCCGCUUGUUUUGUUGGGUCAGUUUAUCGAGUACAGUGUUGGAUUCAACACUCUAGUCAGUAGACAUAUUUAGAAGGGGUGAAAAACACGUGAAUAAAUAUUUGUAACCUAUUUAUAGGACGAUGGUGCAAUGCAUGGCUUGAGCAUGAAACAUCAACAGUGGGUUCGACUGCACCACAGAGGUUGUUGUUGUUGUGGAUGCUCGAUAGGAGUUUGAUCAAUCCACUGAAGUGCUCAGAUGUGACCACAGGCGAUAAGUGGGCUACACCGCGAGGAAGGUGGUCUGCUUUAUGAAGCCAACACUGGCUCUGUUGUAGUACGCCUGGAAAACCAGCUUAUUAUUAAUGGUUAACACAGUCAGAGGUGCGUUGACUUUACAGGGCAUGUUGUUUACCCUUAAGGAAACCUUCCUCCGGUGUUACCGCUUUGGGACAGUCACAUGGGGGCCCUGUGUAUUUCUGCUGAGUGUACCCCUGGCCCUGUCAGAUUUCUGUCACUGCGGAAAGGGACAUGGCUCCUAGUGUGACAAAUGACGAAUGCAGCAGCCGGUGGGUGUGGGCUAUUUUCUCAGAAAAGAGCCUGACAAACAAGCAGGGAGGAAUGUGUGCCCUGUUCUGUGGGAGGGAUCAGGUGUCGCUGGCUGUGAAGGGCUGGUAUAAAGGACAGGGCUGCUAUUCCCCAGUCAGAACAGCUAUCAGCGGACUCUGAAGAAUCAACUACCAAAGAGAGAGCCUCAGCCUCCAAAAGUUAUUGGCUUGUUAAAGCCUAUAGGGAAAGAAGAAAAGUUGUCAACGAACCACUGCGAAGUUUGAGAAGGCAGUGUUGAAAAAUAAGCAAACAUUUUCAAGCUCAACAUUAAGGAGAAGCCUAUUCCAACAUGGACAUCCAGAGGACCGGCUCGUUGGUGCGUCCACCCAGCCCCAUGGAGAGCCUGGAGAAGCAGCUGAGCUGCCCUAUCUGCCUGGAGAUGUUCACUAAGCCCGUGGUCAUCCUGCCCUGCCAGCACAACCUGUGCCGUGGCUGUGCCAGCGACCUCUACGACUCACGCAACCCCUACCGCUUCUCGGGCGGCGUUUUCCGCUGCCCCACCUGCCGCUUCGAGGUGGUCCUGGACCGCCAUGGCGUUCACGGACUUCAGCGCAACCUGCUAGUGGAGAACAUCAUCGACAUCUACAAGCAACAGCAGGAGGGUGGCGGGGGUAGUGGCGUUGGAGGCAGCACAGAGACUCCACUGAAGCCCAAGGAUUCCAAGGAACCCAUGUGCCAGGAGCACGAGGAGGAGAAAAUCAACAUCUACUGUGUGACCUGCCAGAUGCCCACCUGCUCCAUGUGCAAGGUGUUUGGCCAGCACAAGGACUGUGAGGUGUCACCACUGGCCGGUGUCUACCAGGUGCAGAAGGGCGAGCUGAGCAACGCUAUCGACACCCUAGUGGCAGGCAACGGGCGCCUUCAGGCCCUGCUCAACCAGAUGGAGGAUACCUGUCAGGCUGUGCAGGACAACGCACAGCGUGCCAAGCAAAGCCUAGGCGAGCGCUUUGACCUGCUCUACGCAGUGCUCGAGGAGCGCAAAGGCCUGCUGCUGGAACAGAUCGGCAAGGAGCAGGAUGAGAAAGUGACUGCAUUGCGGGCGCUGGCACAGCACUACAGCGAGCGACUGCAGGCGGGAUCAGAGCUGACGGACACAGCGGUGCGGGCCCUGGAGCAGAGCGGCGCCGCAGAGUUCCUGCUGGCCUCCAAGGGCCUUAUCACACAGACCAAGGACACCGCCAAGAUCUCCCUGGGCGAGGAGAGGCCCGAGCCGGGCUUUGAGAAGAUGGACCAUUUCACGCUGUCCACGGAGCACGUGGAGGCCGUCCUGGCCAAGAUGGACUUUGGAAUGGUCGAAGACGAUGCGUUCGAGGAUGCCGAAGGGGACGAAGAAGAGGAGGAGUGAUGAAACUUGAAAAUAUACGAACUGAACAAAUGAACAAACUAUUUACUACCUUUUUGAAGGUUCUUUUAACCUGAAUGUUCCUGGCAGGGACUCUAGUUGCAAUGUUUCAGUGAUAUUAAGAGAAGUUAGGAGUAAAGCAGAAGUUGGUGGUGUCUGAAUGUUUUUAUACGUAGUUGAUUGAUUUGGUAACAUGACUUUCCCCAGUUUUGAGUUUAAUAUUUUAGUUUUUUUUGUACUCUUAACUUUGCCUUUUUGUAAACUAUAAUAGUUUUUUAUACUUUUGUAUAUUCAUAUCAGAUUUAUUCUGAUCUAUUUGUUAUGUACUUUAGGCUGAAUAUCCUCUCAGAUUGUUUACAUUUGAAUACUUUAACACAUGUAAAGAUUGAGAUGGGGAAAUAGUUUUGAUUUGUGGUUUCUCAUCGACAUAAAGAAUGCCUAUAUUUGUAUCACAUUGAUAAAUGAUUUUGUACACUAAACUGGCAACAAAAUAUUUCAACAGAUCUGACUUCGUCACAACCUGAAAUAAACGGUGUUUCAAGUGACUCAAGCAGAUUUGCCUUUGUUUAGAUUCCAACUAUUCCAAGAUUGCCAUUCAUUUCUACUUCAUUCAGAAAAUAAGUUCAAAACUAAAUAUUUCACGAGAGAACUGUCAUUCGGGAGUUGCCCCAAUAUGUUGUUGCUCUCACUAGGCAAGUACCAGCAUAAAAAAUAAAAGCCAUUGCCAUGUCCUUAGUGGCUAGCUUUUGCUGAUGAAGAGUGGGGGGCUAUUUUUAAAAUGCGAGAGGGUGUGAAACAACAGGCCCUGGAGUGUCAGUGAAGGGCAGAGAGUUCUUUGUGGCUAGCCUUUACUGAUGAAGAGUGGGGGGCUAUUUAUUUUUUAUGUGAGAGGGUGUGAAACAGGCUCUGGAGUGUCAGUGAAAGGCAAGUGGGGGUCCUGUUUCUCAUCCAUGAAGCAACAUCCCACUCAUGUCAUAGAUCGUAUUUCUCAGCAAUCGCAAACUCCUUUCUGAAGAGCUGUAGGGGCCGGGCCACCUGACAUGAGUCAUCUUUGGAUAGCGUCCUAUCGGCAGCGAGCUGUGACAAAAAUAGGACUAUACAUGCUGAGAGGACCAUGUUACAAAAAUCUUCUUGCGAUGACCUGGUUCAAUGGCUUCUAAUAUGUGCUAAUAGUCCCCAAAAAUCUUUUUUUCGAAUUGAUACUGUGGUGCAUGUUGGGUAUUUUGUAAGUCAACAAUAUACAGGACCAGUCAACCCUUUUCAAAUAUACUAAGGCACACCAGUUGAUAAUGCUAUGGCUCUCAAAUGUGCCAUAUACAGUAGGCUACAUAAUGUGGUUGAAAGGAUAUAAGUAGAUUUUCCUAGAUUUUUUUUCUGGGCCAAAGCCAUGGCUGUUGCUUUUCUCAUAAUUUUUUUUGCACAGGUGUAGUCCUCAGAUCCUCAUUAGGAAGAGGCUUGACAACACACACACACACACAUUCAUACACUACAGCUUAGUUGGUCAGGUUCACAAGUACUUUACUGUCUCUCUUACGUCAUGCUUUCAGAUUCCAUUUUACAGUUGUUUUCAUUUUCCCCUUAAGUGCCUGUAGUUAACACCUAAUGUCACUUCUGUUCAGAAAAUGAAACUACAUUCAUAACAGGACACUCUUUGGGGAGGAGAAGGGGGGGGGGGGGACCCCGGACAGGCACCGUGCCUGUCCCCGCAGCUGUCUUUACUCAUUCCAUUUGUUAUCGCCGCUAACGCUGUUGUAGCGAAUGAGGGGUUGUUGUUUGUACACAGACUGUUGCUAGCGAAUAAAGUGUGAAGGCCGAUCAA